AAACUCAGGCCUUUAGUGAAUUGGGUUGUGGAUUAGUACUUUAGCAAAGGGGUAUAGAGAAAGUAGAGAGUUUACAUAGAGAGACUAGGGUUCCCAAAUUAACUCCCAUCUGAGAGUCUCUGCUCGCCGCUAGUUGCCCGCCCGCCUGCACUGCUCCUCUCUCAGGUUAGGUGCAAUCGAAGACCAUGAUGCAAACUGAAAGUGCCUUGUCAGUUAUUGGGCCAAGGCCGAUGGAGGUGUCUCCUAGCGGACUUGGACCAAAUGGAAAACCACGGAACUCAACCUUGGAAUCACCAAUUAUGUUGCUUACUGGACAUCAAAGUGCUGUAUAUACCAUGAAAUUCAAUCCAGCUGGAACAAUCAUUGCAUCUGGUUCACAUGACAAAGAAAUCUUCCUUUGGAAUGUACAUGGAGAUUGCAAGAACUUUAUGGUCUUAAAAGGCCAUAAAAAUGCAGUUCUUGAUGUUCAAUGGACUACUGAUGGAUCAACAAUAGUAUCAGCUAGCCCCGAUAAGACUGUCAGAGCAUGGGACGUGGAAACAGGGAAACAGAUAAAGAAAAUGGCUGAACAUUCCUCGUUUGUGAAUUCAUGCUGCCCAGCUCGGAGGGGCCCUCCUCUAAUUGUCAGCGGAUCUGAUGAUGGCACUGCUAAACUUUGGGAUAUGCGCCAAAGAGGAGCCAUACAGACAUUUCCAGACAAAUUCCAAAUUACUGCCGUCAGUUUCUCUGAUGCCUCCGAUAAGAUCUGCACAGGUGGUAUUGACAAUGAUGUGAAACUGUGGGAUUUACGAAGGUGUGAAGUAACUAUGACUCUUCAAGGGCAUCAGGAUACUAUAACUGGUAUGCAGCUGAGUCCUGAUGGGUCUUAUCUUCUUACUAAUGCAAUGGACUGCACACUUCGCAUAUGGGAUAUGCGCCCUUAUGCCCCCCAAAACAGAUGUGUUAAGAUCUUGGAAGGCCACCAACACAAUUUUGAAAAGAACUUGCUGAAAUGUAGUUGGUCACCUGAUGGAAGUAAGGUCACAGCUGGGAGUUCUGAUCGCAUGGUUUAUGUCUGGGAUACAACAUCUAGGCGCAUCCUUUACAAGCUCCCUGGACACACUGGAUCCGUUAAUGAAUGUGUUUUUCAUCCUAAUCAACCAAUUGUUGGAUCUUGCAGUAGUGAUAAACAGAUCUAUCUUGGUGAGAUUUGAUUCGUGCCUUCUCUAACCUUCAGUUAAAUAUGAAGUUGUAGUCAAAAUUUGUAACCUUCUGUUGCCUUUUGGAGAACAUUGAAACUGAGUUAUUGGGAUAUGCUUGCAUCAUUUAGAGUAGUUGAUAGAUGUUUCUUGUGAUCCCUGUAAAACACGUAGGAAUUGCACCGGGUAAUCACUAUGAGUGAAACUUCAGAUAAAAGUGUUGCUGCUACUUCUUCCUCCUC